GCGUUGCGGCCAACGGGAGCGAACGGCCCCGGAGCGAGGUCGCCUCCCGGCUCCUGAAAAAUGUAGGGUCACAGGCGGCCCCCGAAAGAGCCGAGGGGCCAGUCCCACUCGCUGAGGACUGCGAGUGCGCUGUGGCCCGAGUUCCGUUCUUAAGUUUAGGAAUUAAUCUUGGAGCCUGAGAAGAGGCCAGGCUGGUUUCCACGCUGCUUUCAACAGGAGUCGGGAAUACACAGGCGGUAUGUUGCAGGAAAGCAGCUGGAGCUAGUCAGUGCAGUGACUGCAGCACAGAAGUAUCCUUUCAAGUCCCUGAAGAAAGAAUCCUCCUGAGCUCCUGCACAGUGCCACAUCACCUUCAGCUCCCCUUUGCUGUGGAGAUCCUGGAGAAGCACAAAAGUAGGGGCAAAUACUGAAGAGAAGAUGGAAGCAGAGGCAUAGCCAGCUGUCCACAGAGCAUCAAUGUCUUUUUUCACAAGCAGAAGCCAGCGAGGUUUCAGACAUCAGCUGCUAUGCAAACUGCUCUCCCCAGGCUGAGUUGCACCAUUAAUGACUGAAUGGGCUCUGCUGAGAAGGCUUGUCCUCACACCAUGACAGCUGAUGAGUCAGAAGCUGGAGAGUUAGCUCUGGAGCCUCUCUUCACGUGCAAGCUAUGUCUCUGUGAAUAUUCCCUGGAUAAGAUGACCACUCUUCAGGAAUGCAGCUGUGUCUUUUGUACUGCGUGUCUAAAACUGUACCUGGAGCUGGCAAUUCAAGAAGGUUGUGGUUCCCCUAUCACAUGUCCAGACAUGAUAUGCUUGAACCAUGGGAUCAUACAAGAAUCAGAGAUUGCCUCUUUGGUUCCUGUUGACCAGUUUGAGUUAUACAAGAGGUUGAAGUUUGAACGAGAAGUCCACUUGGAUCCCCAGAGAACAUGGUGCCCCACAGCCGACUGCCAAACAGUGUGCCACAUCACACCAAGUGAGUCGGGAGCACCAGUGCCAGUGGAGUGCCCUGCCUGCCACCUGAUCUUCUGCUCCUCCUGCAAGGAGCCAUGGCACGGGCAGCACCAGUGCCAGGAAAAGCAAACAACCCCGGUACCGACCGAGCAGGGAUUCCUUAUUGGAGCAGAGACUGAGGCAUCAAUUAAGCAAUGCCCAGUUUGUCGAAUUUAUAUUGAGCGAAAUGAGGGCUGUGCUCAGAUGAUGUGCAAGAACUGCAAGCACACAUUUUGCUGGUAUUGUCUACAGAACUUGGAUAAUGAUAUUUUCUUACGGCAUUACGACAGAGGCCCUUGCAGAAACAAGCUGGGCCACUCACGGGCUUCAGUGAUGUGGAACAGAACACAGGUUGUGGGGAUCCUCGUUGGACUAGGUAUCAUAGCGUUGGUGACGUCCCCCUUGCUGCUUGUGGCAUCUCCGUGCAUCAUCUGUUGCAUUUGCAAAUCUUGCCGGAGCAAAAAGAAAAAACCCAACCUGUCGACAAUCUAAAA